AUGGCGGAAUUAACCGAGCGAGAGAAGAUGCUCCGUGGAGAGCUCUUUGUCUCCUUCACGCCAGACUUGAUUGCGGCUCGCAAUCGCUGCAAAUAUGCCUACACUCGGUAUAACAAUGCCGGGGAAGUACCACGAAGACGGCUGGUCGAGCUUUGGAAGGAUGUCAUCGAGGACACAACUCCCCUCCCUCCACAACUGGAGGAUCCAGUAGCAGAUGAUGAGCUCUUCAAAGAUGAGCCCUGGAUCGAACCACCCGUCAAGGCUGACUAUGGCUUCAACGUGAUCAUCGGCAAAAAUGUAUUCAUCAACUCCAACUGCGUCUUCAUCGAUAGCUUGCCUAUUACCAUUGGAUCCCGGACCCUGUUUGGUCCUAAUGUAAGCUUGUUCGCGGGGACACACCCUGUUGAUCCUGCUGUGCGCAAUGGCAUGGAAGGUCCUGAGAUGGGUGCUCCAAUUACUAUUGGCGAGGAUUGCUGGAUUGGAGGCAAUGUGACUAUUCUUCCUGGAGUGACGAUUGGCAAGGGUUCGACUGUUGGGGCGGGGAGUGUGGUGACUAAGCACAACGUCACUGAUCUCCAAUCACGGAUCCUCGUCUCGCGUCCCCCAAAAAAGCUGUCGAUCGCCAGGUCGCUAGAUCUCUCCCCGCCAAAACACACCUCACCUUCCACUCAGCAAGCGCACACUUCCCGCCGGUGGAUUCCGGCAAGCUUCGCUCUCUCAUCGCCCUGUCCUCACCUCACCUUCCUCACACCCGCAAACCCUCCUCGGCCUGAGGAAAAUGUCAUGGCUGAACCCCCGCCAGCGAGCUCUCGCACCCCGCCUGGCGCGCCGCUGAACGAUCCCACGCGACCUCUCAACGACCUGAUGGAAGAGCCCGGUCCUGAGCGGGUCCAGAAACGACCACGCCUGGACAGUGGAAGUGGUGUCGCUCCAUCUGUCUCGAUUGACCCUACGGCGGUUGCUGCUUCGGUGCCUUCCUCGACUGUCGCGACACCGCCGCCAGCACCUGCCCUCGAGAUGGACACUACACCAGACCAGGUACGCCCCGCCAAGGUCACGAUCAACGUCAAGUCUCCCACUUCGGAAACCGACAUGGCGAAUGCUACGCACGAUCCUUCCCCGGUGCCUGGAGGCGCCCGACCCGAGUCAACUGAACCAAACGCGACACCGUCAGACGUGAUUUCUAUCUCUUCCUCUCCUGCCCACAGUCCAGAGAUUCAAGCUGGUGACCCCGAAGAUAUGGAUGGGAAUUGGAGGCCUCUGGCCGACGCGGUUCAGGAAGAGGAGCUGGUCGAGGUUCAUGACCUCGCUGCGCCUCUCGUUGACUCUUUUCCAAAAGUUCGGGAGAACCUGAGUCCGCGGGAUAACGUGGUCAGAAUUGUGACUAUGAUUCAGAAAGCUGAUUCCCGCGACGCCGAUGCCGCCUCCGCGGUGAAAUCGUGGAUGGAUGACUGUGUGAAGAACUUGGAUCGCCUGACCCUUGAAGAGUUUGGCGAGGCCCCGGACUUUUGGCAACAGUUUCCCGACGUGGUAGAGAGCGUGUUGCGCAGACCACAUGAGCUGUUGAUCGACGAUGGCUCUGGCAGCGGCCCAUGGGCCUGUCUGGAAGAGUUCCUCCUUGAUUUUGUUCAGAUCGCUCUUCAAGUGAUGCGCAUCGACACCAUGAUUAUGCGCCAUCUGCUCGAUGACCCAGAGCUUCCGGCACAGGACAGUCUCUGCAAAGACUAUCUCCAGCCUCUCACCUUCGUUCUCCUUUCCCCUAAGACCCCAAUCCCUUUGUACCGAGCUCUGGACAGAAAAUACCCUACAGAUACCAACGAAAUGCUCGUACGUAUUCGGGCAAAAGCACUUGCGCCUCCGAUCGAUCUCGUCCACACACUAUCAGAAUGGACGGCCCUCAUCCUUGAACUUACCCCGCGGCACACACACUUGACUGGCUGUCUCGGUCACAUUAUGCUCAUCGUGAAUGCUUUGGUGGACUCUCACCUGGAACGCGGCCAGGAUGUGGACCUCGAUGGCUCCGAUUCCCCAUUGCCCGAGUCAGCUUCGAUCCAGGCCCUCUAUGACAUGGUCCAUUUGAUCGAUGAUAAGUACCAAGAAUGGAUCACCAAGAAAGCAGCCUGGGCGACGAGCGAUCUAAGUGAACAGUUGCUGCGUGCCAUCUCACACAAUUACAAACACCACUGUGCACGCAAUCCCGAGUUUGUCAACCAGCUCUCAAAGGAUCUCUCCAUACCUCUCCCCGAGGAUGCCAGUCUGGAAGAAAAGUCCUUGAUCAUUUUCUGGAUGUGGAAGCUCGGGGUCCUAAAGAAGCACAUCAUGGAAGGCCGCAUGGAGCUCCGUGUCCACGGCGUGGAGACCAUGCAGUCGGACUUGGUUCACGUCUGGCGGUCCAGUAUCUCUUCGAACCCUGGAGGUGUCAACUUGCCAUUCGUAAAGCAACUGGUCCGUUUCAUUCAGGACAACAAGAUCGUGGACUACCUCGUGGGCGUCGACUCCCACCCACAAUUGAUCAGCCGAAGCAGCAACAUUAUCGGAUUCCUGAUUGUGACGGACACCUACACCAAUUCUGUGACGGAUGUCAUUUGGAAGACUGUGACAGAAAGUCAAGACGGUCGGAUCGUCUCCGAGGUCCUGUUGAUGCUGGUCCGGACGUUCAACAUGCACAUCACUGCGUCCGCGGCUUUAUUGUAUGUUUGCCAGAAAGUGUUGGAACUGCCUCUUACUCGAUUCGAUACGGGCAUGCUCGAGUUUUGCAACAGAUUGCUCAGCCGGAUGUGCGAUCAUCCCUCUGACCGACGAAUCUCAGGCAGUUCUGACCACGAUUGGGUCGAUGCACUUCCCCUGCAGCUUUGUGUGCGCCUUAUUCGCGACAGUACGGCCGCUGAAGAUCUCUCGGUGGAACAGAAGAAAAGUCUGCAGAGGUUCGGCAGUCAGAAGCUCAUGGGCUUCAUUGCCGCCGGCAUCAGCGAGGCCGAUAGGAUGGGGAUUUACGAGCGCUGCAUCCAGGACAUUGCCGAAAGGAAUCAGUUUACGACCGGCAGCAUUCAAGUAUUGAGCGCGCUUGUCCCCGCUCAUGAUGUACAGGAGAUGUUGAAAUUGGCGACGGACUUUAACCUGACGGGCUUGGUGAUUGACGACAUGCUGCAUGCCGUGAAAGACGAUCAUGAUGACUCUGCCAAUGACUUUUCCCUGCUUGGCCUGGUAUCGCGGCUGACCAUCCUCUUUCGACUGAUCGACAUGGUUCCCGAGACGAUCACCCCGGAGCUGGGGAUGGCCUUGUGGGAUGAUAUCCUGCUGUCCAAAACGUUGACUCAAGAGGGACGCCAGGCUGUGUGGAAUAUGCUGGUCACCGCUCUGAGCCAAUGCACCGAGGCAAAUCCAUUUCUCCAUCGGUGCAUUCACGAAUAUCUCCCUAGCCUGGUCCCCAAGGACUACACGAAGGAGAUCUUGGCAUUUGCCAAGCAAGCCAUCAUUUAUCAAGUCCGAUUCAACCCACCUUCUCCAGCCGGUGAAGGUGAAGUCGUGACUAUUCCUGGCAUUGAUCGGAUUUGGACUUUCAUCUUAACUGCUCCACCUGGUACGAUCGAAGUACAGGCUACUGAAUUCGCUGUCAAAGUCUACCUUGAUCAUUCGAUCAUCGUCAAUUCGCCACAAUCCGCCAUUGAAGCCACACAUAUCUCCCUCGUCGAGCGGUGCGUGGAUCAACUCAAGUCCGCUGCUGCAACUCUGAAGGCAGCAGCUGAUGCCAAUGGAGAUUCUUCCAUGGAUUCGGAAACUGAAACUGGCGAAAUGAGCUCCGAAGAGCUUCGAUUCCGACGCUCACUCUAUUUCCUUCACCAUCUCCUGAGUGGCCUUCGUGCUCGCCCUCAUUACAACUCUCCCAGAGGCUCGCCGCCCAUCCUUCCAGAGCGGCCGAUCAAGGGCGAGCCAAUCAAUAUCUCUUGGCAGUCCUUCAAUGGAAGCACGAAUUCCAAAGUCAAGAACCUUCUAAUCGGUGACCUGUCAACCGCUGGAGAACUGGUUGAACGGCUCAUUCAGCUUACCGGUUUUUCCAAAUUCACCGCAAUUGCUGGGGGUCAGCGGAUUGACUUGAUGAAGGAUCCAGAAAUCACGGUGAAGGACAUGAAGGUGCUUCAUACAGGCCUGCUUCUAAUCCGAAAGGCGCCUGAUUCCCAGGAAGUCUCCCGAGCUGGCAAUGGUGGACAGCCGCUUACAUCGGUCGACUCCGAAGUGUUGAAGCACUUUGAUGAGCUUUAUGAUCUGCUGGCUUUGAAUGAUGAUCUUGCGCGAGAGAUCUACGAAUUCCUUGUGACAUUCUCGCCCCAGCCCCGAAUCCGCAGCCUGGUUAAAUCGGAGAGCAGCACCGCCGAGGACUUGUUCCCACUUGACAGGCCUUUUGUCGCUUUUUACUCAUUCAGUGCGCUUUUGGCUUGUCUCCUCGAAGAAGCCCUGGAGGAUGAACCCAACCAAGCCUUUAUAUCUCACAGCAUCGAGGUUAUGGUGACGUUCUUGAUGGCAGACGAGCUUCUCGAGUCUCUUGUCCGGGACCGGACUCGACUGCACCUUACUUCAACUGCAGUUGAGUGUCUGUUGGAUGCUAUCGCCUUGUACAGUGCUACUGAUGAUGGAACAUUGGUUGCCAACAAGAAGGAUUCUCUCGUCAAACGGUUGCUUUACUUCAUUGAGACAGCUCGUUCCAUGACCCCCAGGCCUCUGCUCAACAUGUCAACAAUCCAAAAAUUGGUCUGCAAUUCCUUCGGUGUUCUGGUGGAAGGAUCGAUCCGUGACCAGGCAUUCUGGGCCGCAGUCAAACAAGAAACACAGCUUGGUCCCUUGAUCAAGGCACUGCUUCUUGAGGAUACUCGGCAACCGAUUCGGAGUGAUGUUUCGGAGAGGAUCAGGAGGACUUGCAGCGCGGCAAAGUCCAUGAAACAGUCAUCAAAGAAGUUGGCCAAAAGCAACUCACCCAGUCCGUCCACCCCAGACAGCCCUGCCCAGAUUGACAUGCUUGCCACUGUGUGGGAUGCGUUUGUUCAGACAAUCCCAAUGACCCCAGAGUACGCGUCUCAAUCUGCCGAGUUCUUCAAUGUCGCUCUUUGGGUGUUCCGAUCGGUGGCGGAGAAAUCUCCACGAGAUGUCAUUUUCAGCCAGUAUUUGAAGCAAUGGAGUGAAGUUAUGCUUCGUCAUGAGACUGAAGAGUUCAUCGGACGUGAGGCAGUUGAUAACCUGCUUCUGGGCUUUGCUGGUCUCCUGGAGCAGUGUCUUGAGUCGGCAGACUCGGCUAAUGUUGACUUGGAAACUUUCAACCUCGCUGAGCAGAUUAUCAGCAAGUAUCUGUUCCCAGAGCUUGCUAAUGAGAACGAUGAGGUCAUCGUCCCUAGCACGCCUCAUAUGCAUACCGAGACACGGCAAAAGCUUUACAGUAUUAUUCGGCUACUGUGCAAGCGCAGUGACGACAAUGUUGCACGCAUCAUGCAGCAUCUGGAAGGGGUGAUCCCGCGAGGCGAGUCUUCUUACAUCUCUUCCGUACCCGGGACCGUUCCAUCUAAUAAUAUUAUUUUGAUAGACGAAUCAUACAGUCCAACCUGGUGUCAUGACCGCACGAAGAUGAUCCGAGCCCCAGAGGGAUAUGCAGGUCUCAGGAAUCUUUCGAACACAUGCUACUUGAACUCUCUGAUGACGCAACUGUUCAUGAACACCGAAUUCCGCAAAUUCAUGUUCAAGCUCAAUAUCAUCGAUCCCAACAUGUCUCAGAAACUUCUCGAUGAGACACAGAGGCUCUUUGCCUGGAUGCAGGAUACCUGGAUGAAGAGUGUUGACCCGGAGGGUUUCGUGGAGAGCAUUCGAACCUACGACAAUGAACUUAUCGAUGUCACCGUUCAGAUGGAUGUCGACGAGUUCUACAACCUGCUUUUCGAUCGUUGGGAGGCUCAGAUCAUGGACCCGGAAGAAAAGAAAGUGUUCCGAUCUUUCUAUGGAGGCCAACUUGUUCAACAGAUCAAGUCCAAGGAGUGCUCUCACAUCUCGGAACGCGAGGAGCCAUUCUCUGCCAUUCAAUGCGACAUCAAGGGCAAGGCUAGCCUGGAUGAGAGUCUGCAGGCGUACGUCGAAGGAGAGAUCAUGCAAGGAGACAACAAGUACUUCUGCUCGGGCUGUGGCCGCCAUGUGGACGCCGUGAAGCGGGCUUGUCUGAAGGAUGUUCCCGACAACCUGAUUUUCCAUCUCAAGCGAUUCGACUUUGACAUGGUCACCAUGAUGCGGAGCAAGAUUAACGACGAGUUCAAGUUUCCGCGACUUAUCGAUAUGACACCGUACAAGGUGGAACACCUCUCUGAUCCCGGCAGUCCUGUCGAGCCCGAUAUGUUUGAACUGGUUGGUGUUCUGGUGCACACCGGAACUGCGGAAUCGGGUCAUUACUACUCCUACACCCGUGAGCGAUCCUCGAAUGGCACCACGCCUCUGUGGGUCGAGUUCAAUGACUCGGAUGUAUCCAAGUUUGAUCCGGCGACCAUUGCGGAUCACUGCUUUGGAGGUCAGACUGAGACCGGUCACAAUAUGGGUGGUGUGCAGAUCAACAAGGUCUGGAACGCCUACAUGCUGUUCUAUCAGCGUGUUUCCACGAUGGAGCAAGCUACGCAGAACAUUCUGCCAUUGAAACCCAGCUAUCCCGCGCGGGUUCCCGUACCAACAGCCUUUGCCAACCACAUUGCUAUGGACAAUGAGUUGUUCAUCCGGACUUACUGUCUACUGGAACCAGCUUAUACGAAGCUUGUUCCGGAGCUGUUGUAUCGCGUGCGGCAGAUGGACCCUAACUCCGCGGGUCACCACCAACUACAAAUGAUGGGAAUAGAGCUCGGCUUGGACACACUGGAGCAGCUGAUUGCUCGGACCAAAGAGCCAGCAGGACUUCUUGGUGUCUACGAGGAACUCAGGGUGUUAAUUCGGACUCCCCAUGGUGCCCUUCGUGCACUCCAAUGGUUCGCUCGAUGGCCAACAACCAUGCGAAACCUGGUAUUGAGAAUCUUCCAGUAUGAAGUUCGACAAAAGGAGGUCUCUAUCAUCGUUGAUGCUGUGCGUUGUCUGAAGAUCUUCCUGCAAGCACCAGGUAUCGAUGACGAGAAGCGAGCUCUUUGGGAGAAAGAACUCGAGGAGACGAUUGGGACCAUUGUGUCGAUGCUAGCAGAGCUUUGGCCCGCUAUCCACACUGUUCCUCGCGUGUGGGAUGAGUACUUUGAGUUCCUCAUCAAACUUGUUGAGUUGGGACAAGAGACUACUGAUGCCAUUCUUGCUAAUGGUAUGCUUGUCAAGUGCCUGGAAAUCGUCUGGCUUGAUUCCGAAGACCGGAAGAACUUGAAGAGCCGCUAUCCUGGCUAUUGCCGAUUGCUCGACAAGGGCCGCCAGUUCCCAUACAGAAAUUUGAUGACCCUGUUUGCCAUGCUCUUCCAGCGAAUCGACUUCUCAAUUCCACCAGUCCCUGCUAACUCUCCUCGCACAAUGGCCCCUGAUGGCCGAGUCUCGCUCAGUACGGCGGAGGCCAGGUACCUUAAGCCCCUGGAGUACCAGAAGCCUUCCGAUGACAGUGCAGUCCUACUGUUUUUGAUGAAGUUGCUGCAACAUGAUCAAAUUUGCGUCCAGCCUGAGGUUUCUCAAGUGAUUGUGGCUUCCCUUCUCGAGGCUGAGCCACAAAUCGGCUUUUUGCCACAUGUCUUGAAGACCCUGGAGGUUGGUCUGCGGUAUUCGCCUGCGGAACUUUGCAUUCCAUUCCUUGAAUGCGCCGUCGUCUUCUGCAAGCAUUCUCCCGAUGAGGAUUCCAUCACUGGCUUGAUCAACUUUGUCGCAAAGGGGGUGGAGUCUAUCAAUAACAGCGCAGGGAAUGAGCAUCUCGAGUUCUUCACUCAACUUUGCAGUAUUUCCAACGAGCGACUGCAGUUGGAUAGUGAGUGGUUCAUCGCGGCUGUUGAAGAACGAAUCCCUGAUUUCGUUCCGACCUUGCUGAUCUACAAUCAUCCAAAUGUCCGUCGGCGCACCACGGAUGUUCUGCGCAGCUUGCUCUUCAUUGGCGAUAAGAACGAGAUGACUGAGGAAGAAGCGCGAAAGCGAUAUGCUCGCAUCGCUCGCGAGCUCACUCAUGCCUGUGUUCAGCGGAUCAUCAGUGUUUUCCUUGAUAGCCAGGUUCGAAGCGUCGACUCUCGAAUUGUCAAUCCCAUCACUUCGACUGUCACCCAUUGUUUGGAGACUUACUUCGAUGAGGAUAACGAGGAUGAUCAGAGAGAUAUUCAACAAGCCAAUGCGAUCUUGCUACGCCUGCAAGAAAUCACGGUUGAUGUCCCAGAUGAUCUCGCCUCAGAUUCCGAGUUGGCCUCACCAGAGGAGUGGGAAGCUACAUCCGCUUUGGCUAGCGACUCCGAGAUAGGUCUUGCGGGAACCCCUUAG